AUGUGGUCGACAUCCCCGUCGCUGCUAACUACCCAAGUCGGCGGAUUAAAUCUUGGCCGGCCCCCGGGCCCGUGCUCGCUCCCCUGCCCCACACCAGCCAAAGAGCUCAGGUGCUCCACCAAAAAGUUUUCGGCGGCAGCGUCUCAAUUGAUCACGACCACGACAGCAGCACCAUCGCAUCACACAUCUCGUCACCAGAUCAGCUCGGCGCAACCCGGACCACACUCGUUUCACAUUUUCGUCGGAUACACGAGGUCUCACCACGCCACCGCCACCAUGCACUUGAUGUACGUCCUGGAUGCCAGCGGCAAGCGCACCUACACCCUCAAGAAGGUGCUGAGCGGCGAGGUCACCAAGUCCGCACACCCCGCCCGCUUCUCGCCCGAUGACAAGUGGUCGCGACAGCGCGUGACGCUGAAGAAGAGGUUCGGUCUGUUGAUCCUGGCCGAUGGUGAGUUCUCAGCCCUCCCCGCCUUGGCCAACGAGAGCCCGCAGACUUGCUGGACGCCCAACGACGCUGACAAAGAUGCCCUUUCACGCAGACUCGAACAAGAAGCCCGCCACUCUGCAAUGAGUGCAUCUGCUCAGAUAAGAUGGGACACAAAUGGAGCCCGCUCUGCGAGGCCGACCGACGUGCGGCUGUGGCCUGCUCUGACCCGGCACUUCGCAGCUCGAGGCAUCCCGGUGGGGGUUUUGCAUGUGGACGGCGUUCAUGGCGUGCGUGAUGCUUUUGGUAUGGAACAGCAAAGAAAAGAAAGCGGCGGCGUUGUAAUCAAGCAGCUCAGUGGCACUCGCGAUCUUGCUAACUAUCAAUGCCGUGGUAUCAUUCGUCUAUGCUGA